GCAUCCACGCUAACAUGAUGCUAUGAUCUGCUGGGUGUCUGCUGCCUGCAAACCAGCACAGUGUUUGCGAAAGGAAUGAAUACAUCCACAUCAACACUGCAAAAAAAAAGAAAAAAAAGAAGUCUGGCUGCAUGCGUUUGGAUUUUGGAGACUGUUGUGAGCGCAUCGAGCUAAGAUGUUUUGAGUUGACAAAGAAGGGAUUUUGCACUGAAAUAUGGACAUACGAUGUGAAGACAUUGUUCAGCCACGAGGGCUCUGAUGCCUGUUUGCGCUUUAACGAAACACCAGCAGCCGAUGCGAGGAUCAUAUUGCCCUUCAGGUGCUUUUACGCGCAGCCGCUGCACGCCGUGAACGAACAGAAAGUGUAAAGGAGUCUGAUUACGCACAAGAGGAUGGUGGCGGUGAUGGCGAGCUGCGGGACGGCUUGUCACCUGGAAGAUGGAGACGGAGAUAUCCCUGCACCUGAAAACAAAGAUAACCUGACAGAAAGUGACAGUAGUUCAGAGAACACAGGUACAUCCACUGAGGAGAGCUCAGAGGAGGAAGAGGAGGAAGAUGAGGAGUCUGCAGAAGUUGGUGCUGAGAAGGAAGAAGAGGAAGAAGAUAAUGAAGAGGCCAACGCAGAGGAAUCUGAACAUGAAGCAGUAGCUGGACCUGAAGCAGAGGCUUUGAAUGGGAAAGAUGAGAGACACUUCAAAUUAUGCUGUGAAAAAUGCAAAGCCGUCCAGCAGAGCCAUGGCAAUGAAAUCGUCACCCCCAGGAGGAUCUCCAGGGGACGAUUCCAGGUGCAGCUGGAAGGAGAGGGCACGUAUGAGUGUUCAGUCACCGGCCUGGUUUUUGAAGCAUCCGAGCCAGUUCUGGUGCGAUACUCGAUCUUAUCCUGGUCCAAGUUUGGUUCAUUCCUGCGGGAUUCCUGGAAGUUUGCCGGACCCAUCUUCAACGUGGACACAGUCAACAAGGACGCGUCUGUGCUCAAGUCCAUCCAGUUCCCUCACUCCGUCUGCCUAGCUCAUCCAGAAAAUGAGAUGACAUUCAGCGUCUUGCACAUAAAGAACAACCGUCCACUCAUUGAGCCGACGGUGGACCACUCAGGUAGCCAUGUUAAGUGGAAUGUGACGUCCCUGUCUCCAGUGGGUCCCAUUAUUCAGACCAGUCAGGGUUUGGAGCACCACGGGGUGGUUCUGGUCUACAAGCAGCUCGGCAAUGACAACAACAACUACAGCUUCCACGUCUACCUGGCAACAAACAGCUCAUCUGAUAUCAAGGAUAUACGCAAACAGGUACAAGGGUACAAGAACCGCUACAUCAAGAUAGACAAGCCUCCCACGUGUAAACUGGAUGAAGGGACGUAUCGUCUCCUGAGCGAGCCAGAGGGAGAAAUCAAACCUCAGGACUUGAAAUUCACCCUCGCAGUUACAAAGAUGAAAGGCUACUUUGAAGCUUUCUUUGAGCAGGCUCCUCCUUUUAAAUUAUCUCUUAUAGAGAUUAACACUGAGGAGACUGUAUGGUCGGCUACCAUCAGAGAAGGUGACUGCGUGAAUCACCCAGAAAAGAAGCCAAGGAAAAGAACAAACAGCAGACAGAGGAGCAGCAGCCCUUCAGAAGAAGAAACAGCCUGUAAAAGACCUCGGUGGCAGGAUGAGUCAGAUGGAGUGAAAACAGUGACGACUCAGGGCCCGGACAUGUCAGAGAAGCAGCUACUGCAGGUGGCCAAGCGGCUCGGGAAGGAGUGGAAGCAGGUGGCCAUCUAUCUAGACUUGAACUCUCGGGAACUGGACGACAUCCAGGCAGCGGAGAAAGAUGUGACCAUGCAGAAGCUGAAGAUGCUGGUGGAGUGGAAGAGCAGAAGGCGGCCGGGAGAAGCCACAGCGUACCACCUGUGGAAGAGUGUGGAGGACCUGGAUGACUUACCAAAUGAGGUUUAUCAGACACUGCAAGAUAUGAUGGACAAUCGAACAGUUAAGUGAAAGGACUACUGCAUAUCUGUUGCUCCAUCGUUGGGAAGAUGCAAAGUUCUCAGGAAUACAGCAAAGCAGAGGUGGCCUCUGGACUAAACACCAGCUCUUCCCUCAGUGUGUGUUUCUCCUUUGACUUUCCAGACAUGAAACUGUUGAGUUUAUCUUUUUGCAUUUCAUGUAAUGAGCCAUUGUCUUAACUUUGAAUAGGCAUUUCCCCCAAAUUUAUUCAGAUGUGGUCCUUUGGUUCUGUAGAGAGCAGAAUAGUCAGGCUGUACUGAAGCGUUGAAUUCUUGUAUAUCUGGAAUUUGAUGCUCACCAUCAUCAGGUUUAAAAAUGACCAGUCAGGAUUUAGAGGUCAUUGAGAUGUUUAGUAGCUAAUUAUGUAGCCAGUAAUAAUAGUAGCUGUAGGUGCUGCAGUGUUUCAGCUGCAAAAACUGGGAAAAAUCCAACCUGUGUAUAUCGUUUCACUUUGAAUUGAUAUUUUUGUGGGGCUUUUUAAAAACAAAUUAGGCAUUACACCAGGCAUGUGACUGUCCAAAGAGUUAUGGACUGAAUAAUGGAAACAUUUUGUGUCUUACAUAGUUUUUUUUAUAUUUGUUUUUACAGUUGUGCACUAUUCGUCCUGUACAUAUUGUUUUCUACCAACAUUUUCAAACUUGUUUCUUAUUUUUUUUAAAUCUUUUUUAUACCUAUUUGUGUUUCAUUUUAUAACUAUGACUAUGUAAAGAAAAAAAAGUGGAGUUGCAAAAGGUGCAAAGUUGUGUUUAUGUUGUUUAACUUGAAGUAUGGAAAACUUCCUGCCCUCCUGUGACUGGAACGCACAUCAUGUUUUUGAUAAGUAUAAAUCUUGUUUGUGUAUUUCUGAUGGUUACACUAGAAAAAACAACUCGCAUUUGGAUUCAGGGCUGUAUUUGAUUGUACUACCUGUGUAAGAGCAGCUGAAAACUGGACAACACAUAUAUUUUUGAUCUUUUCAAGGCUUAUUUCACAAUCUUACAACAACUAAGAUUUGAAAAACAAGCUUCACCACAAGCUCCUUCAGUUACCAAAUCUGAAAUGAGACUGUUUUCAGAAAUCUCAGUAAGCACUGUUUAGAAAAAGCUGCAUGAAUGGCAUCAGGAAUGUGGGUUGUUUUGGGUUCUUUCGUGUUGAUUCUUUGCAGUAAUUUUUACAUUCAGGAAAAAAAGGAAUUUACCACCAACAGUCCAGUCCAUCCAUGUGUUUCUAUCAGGUCAGAAUCCCUCCAAAUACAUUUGAAAUCAAACAAACAAAUGUCGACUGAAUAAAACAUCACAGUCUCCUUGA